CUGACUCCUAAACCUCGUAACCUUCUUCACCCCCUACUAUUACUAACUCUCUCAGUCGCAAAAACCGCCGCCGCAUUCUCCACGGCCGUCUUAUCACCGGAUAAUCCAUAGAUGAGCAGCUAGCUAGGGUUCUUUUUUUAUUGCUUCAGAGAGAUUAUGGCUGCAAGAAGGAUCUUUCGCACUUUGGGAUCCUUAACAGCUCUAGGACGAGUCUCUUCACCAAAUUUGCCCGUGAAUACAUCUGGAAAUGGUUUAGCUUCUCUUACUAGUGAUUUCAAGAAUGGAAUGGCUUUAUUUUCCAACCGGAAGCUCUCGACUUCUAUUUUGCCUCCUGAUGAUGAUACGUUUCCUUCUGAUUUACUUACGCAAAAGACGACCGUGCUUACACCAGACCGAACCAUAGGACAAUACCAAGACUUGGUCAUUCCGGUGACAAAUUUUCAGAACGAGGACAAGGGUUUCAUGGUGUUAGCAGGUGAUGUCUUUGAUGUUCCAAUAAGGAAAGAUAUCAUUCACAAUGUCGUGCGAUGGCAGCUUGCUAAACGCCAGCAGGGAACUCAUUCGACCAAAACAUUGAGUGAAGUUAGUGGAACUGGUAGAAAGCCAUGGAAUCAGAAGGGUACAGGUCGAGCUAGACAUGGUACGCUGCGUGGUCCGCAGUUCCGAGGUGGUUGUGUGAUGCAUGGACCCAAACCGAGAAGCCAUGCGAUAAAGAUGAAUAAGCAGGUCCGACGGCUUGGACUGAAAAUAGCAUUGACAGCUCGAGCCGCAGAAGGAAAACUCCUCGUGUUUGAUGAUUUGGCAUUGCCUACGCAUAAAACAAAGAACAUUGUGAAUUAUUACAAUCAGAUGGAGAAGACAAAGAAAGUCCUUGUUGUAGAAGGUGGUCCUAUUGAUGAAAAGCUGAAGCUAGCCACCCAGAAUCUACAUUAUGUCAACAUAAUUCCAUCAAUAGGGCUAAAUGUUUACAGCAUUCUGCUACAUGAUACGCUUGUGAUGUCCCGUGAUGCUGUGGAUAAGAUCGUUGAGCGCAUGCACACUCCUAUAAACCGUUAAAGAGAGCUGCAUGAAGCAUUGUGAUGAUGUCCCGUGAUGUUGUGGACUAGAUCACAGCAUGUAUUUUCUGUACCGGCAAUUUUAUUUUGGUUUAGAGGCCUCCUAUGGUUAUUAUCACACUGGUUUGUUAGCAUGAUUAAGUUUUUAAAUAAUGAAUGGUAUACUAUUUCUAUGUGUUUUAGACGUUCAAUUACUUGGGCAUUUAGUGAUU